AUGCCUCGGCGUUUAAGAUGGAUCAUUCCGGCUGUACGAUUUGCUACCGACUCGCGGCCAUCUAACAAAACUUCGGAUUCAGACUCAGACUUGGAGGAGAAACGUCUUGGGCAACCCGAUCUCUAUAGUGCACUGUUAUCAAUCGGCUUGCUUGACUCGAGGAACAAGCGGUUGGACGACGCGAAGCUGUUAGAGCUAUCAGAUGACAUCCGGUCUCAUCUUGUUCAAGAUGCUUCGCUAGGUCCCAGAGCUGGUGUUGUCAAGAGAGCGCUUCGCGAGUUAGUAAGAGAUGAGAGUAGCGCCAUACCGGCCAUUGGCUUUGCGACAAUUCAAAAUGCUCGGCUGGAUAAACUGCUCUCCGAUAUAUUGACGCUAGGUCAUCAGCAAGCGUCGUCCCAUCUCCGACCUCGCAUCGAUACAGACAUGGCCGAGAGAUUACAGAGGUUGUGGAUGGCUAGAUUUCGCGAGAAGUAUUUCAACCUUGAUCAGACUCGGCAUCAAAACUUAUCCAACACUGGUACUCUGAAGGACGUCGUUUUCAACAACAUAACCUCAGAUGGCUGGGAGCUAUGGCAGGCAAAGGAGUGUAGGACGCUGUCUGAGCUUGAGUGGAAUCUCCAGUUCAAACCAGGGCAGUACGUCAUUCGGCGAUACAGCCAGAAACAGAAUCUACAGACUCGCCUUCAUCGAACCAUUGUCACACUGGAGAGAAUCUCAGGCCAGCCGAAUAUCGUAGACCUUGCCAAAGUGCCUCGGCCUUCACAAAUGGACGAUUGGGUGCUCUUUGAGAAACUGGAAGGCGAAAUGAUUCGGCAACACCGUGGCGAGCAAAGCUUCUUGGACUGGAAAUUGAUGAAGGCGCAGGAAAGGAUGGAGCAGCGGCAAUGGAGACGCGCUCUCGAGGUUGGAGCUGCUUUGACGACGGCACGGCAUGCAAGAUACAGCUACGGAAUGCGUGAUUUGGUGCUCAAGGAGGAUAUCCAGGAGCCCCUAAAUCAUUAG